AGCGGGUUGUUAAAUAUCAAGAAAACGUUCCAAAUAAAACAAUCACAAACAACAUUUCAAGAAUCAAGAAACCUUUUCCUAAUUCAAGAAUCAAAAACCUUUCCCUUUUAAUUUUCUUUCUUCAGCAAAUCUUCUCCUUUUAAUUUUCUUUCUUCAACAAAUCUUCAAGAAAAUGAAUAUGAAUGUAUAUCACGAGAAUCAGACAGUUGAGAUCAUUGAAGGGCCGCUUUUUGGGUCAUACUGGCCAGCGACGGUUCUCGCUAGAGAAGAAGGUCACCCGUACCGCCUCUUCUACAAAAUACAGUACCUCACUCGCUUUAACGAUGAUGAUUCGCCGCUGACCGAGGUGGUUCAUGUUAGGGUUAUAAGGCCGAUUCCACCGGAAUUUGUAGGUUAUCGGAACUUUGAAUUGAAUGAUAUAGUUGAUGCUUAUAACUACGACAUUGGGGCUUGGCAGGCAGGGACAGUUAUCGGAAAUGUUGAGAAUCUUGAUCAUCACCUCGUGAGGCUGUUUGAUCAGACCGAACGGUUAGCUCCUUAUAUCAGGUUUCAUGCCGAGUGGUUUCCUCUUCCUUGCUAUGUGUUUUGGAGGCCAACCGAUGAAUAUACUCAUAAUCAAGUAACUGAUCCUCAACCCAGCGCCACAGAUUGAUAAUCUACCAAACCAGGGCCACUGAUUGAUGAAGAACAUAUUAUGGUUGUCUGAAACUUUGCAGGUUCUGAUACUAUUUCGAUUAGUAGACUUAACAUGAAACUGUAUUGCUUUGCUAAAUAGUUAAGUAGGGAUUUGGCAUGUUAAAUUGUGAUUAAAUGCCGAAACCAAAAAGAUUAUUGAUGUUUCUGCUCUAAUAUGUUGCCAAUACUAGCUAUUACUAUUGUUUGAAUAAUGAUACAAGUGGACACUGUGGACUA